AUGUCAACAACUUUCGGCGAUGGAAAUGCGGGAUUACAGAUCGCGACCAACAACGGUCCGGUCUAUUUCUCUUCUGGCCAACCGAAGACCCCGCAGGACAUAGACGAUGACGUUCUGAAUUCACUGGCAUUCCCGAAUAUGCUAGACCGGAGAGACAAUAUUGAGCCCUGGCACACCAAUACCUGUGAAUGGAUUUUGGAAUUGGACGAAUAUCAGACAUGGAAGGGCCAGCCCCGCGGCCUAUUGUGGAUCAAAGGCAAACCGGGUGCAGGUAAAUCAACUUUGAUGGCAUUCCUUUUCAAUCAUUUUGAACAAGAGGGUAGCCAGGGCUUACGGCUCGAUUUCUUCUUUACCGCGCGGGGCACAGAGCUGCAACGCACACCAUUGGGCAUGUUUAGAUCCUUGCUGCGCCAGAUCUACUACUGCGACUCCACUGUGCGCUCUCAACUGCGUCAGAUUUACGAACAAAGAUCUAAGCAGUUCGGAGGACAAAAAUGGGAAUGGCCACGAGUUGUGCUAGAAAAGCUACUAGCAGAUCUCAUUCUGGAAUCUGCGAGUCGGCAGCAUGUGAUUGUCUUCAUCGACGCACUGGAUGAGGCUGGAGCUGAGUCUGCUCAACAGCUAGCAGCGUAUUUUCACCGGCUUAUCGAUCGUGCUGGCAAGGUGGCCCUUCAUGUGUGUAUUUCAUGUCGACACUAUCCCAUUGUGAAAAGUGCCCGAGCUAUUGAGGUACACAUGGAAGACCAUAACCAGCACGAUAUUGCCGCAUACAUCAAGGAUGCCUUUCCUGAGACGGAUCUUGGAGAAAUUCCUAGUGAUGACUCAGGGAUGGAGCAAUUACUGGCUAAACAACUCAUCCAACAAUCAAAUGGGUCAUUUCAAUGGGCCCAUUUAAUCAUACCUCUCGCUCAACGGAAGGUUUUCGAAGGCGAAUCGCUUCAAGAUAUUCAGUGCUGGCUUAAAGAGGUUCCAGAUGACCUGGAUGAGACCUAUACAUAUGUCCUGUGCAACGUGAUAGAGACAAGCAACCGGGAGCAGUCGUUCUUAUUGUUCCUGUGGGUUUGCCUCGCGGAGAGACCACUCACAGUCACCGAAAUGCGAUACGCCUUGGCUGUCAGUAAUGCGCAGGUGAUGCCUCCUAGCAAGCCAAAGCCAUGGGAGAUGGUAAAUGGUUAUAUCGAGAGCAAUGGAAGGAUGGAACGAAGAAUUAAGGCGCUCUCCGGGGGGCUCGCUGAAGUUCUUCACGGUGGAGAUGAUCAAAGCGGAAACGAUACUGAGACCAUACAGGUAGUACACCAGUCGGUCAAUGAUUUUCUGCACAAAAAAGGACUAGGACUUUUGUUUUCCAUGAUUGAUACUAGAGAGUGGAAUCUGGACGGUGACUCGGAGAAUAUUAUUCUUCGGUCUCAGAGAAUUCUCUACGGAUCAUGUCUGGUUUAUCUAGCUGGGGUACCCGCACCUCAAGGGGAGCCUUUCCGAUUCUGGGCAAAGAAAAGAGGAUUUUUCGAGAAACAGAGAUUCGCCGAGAAACAGAGAUUAGUCGAGAACGACCCAUUUAUUGCUUAUGCCACUGUCAAUACUUUUGUUCAUGCAAGGAAGGCAGCUGUGUCUCGAUUGGGCGUGUUGCUGAAUGAAGAAUUGAUCGGCCGAUGGGUCGAUUUUUAUCAUGUGAUAGAUCGAUGGAACGCAGAAUGUCCGGCAUUGGGCACCAAACUCCUGCACAUGGCUGCAGCUGCAGGUCUUCCUGAUCUCGUCAAAUCUUUGAGUGACGAAGAUAUCGCCACGAUGGAUGUUAACGGAUAUACCGCGGCAGAUUCUCAUGGAAAAGGAGCAGACCAUGAGGCAAAAGAGGAAUUUGGAAAAGAAGCAGACCAUGAGGCAAAAGAGGAAUUUGGAACAACACCACCGCAAGAGGCAGCUCGCAGUGGACAAGAGGAAUUUCUUGAAUGGCUCUUAGAAAUGGGAGCCAGUAUUCAGACAUUGGAUGGAGGCAAAAGUGCACUCCAAAUGGCCGUGUUGGGUGAUCAUCAUGCUAUUGUCGAGAUACUACUUGCAGCUGGCGCUGACGUGAAUGGCCAUUCUGGUGAUCAUGGGAGUGCCCUGCAAGCUGCUGCACACGAAGGCCACACUGAGAUAGUGAAAUUAUUGCUCAAUGCCGGCGCUGACGUGAAUGACCAUUCCGGUGAUCAUGGGAGUGCCAUACAAGCUGCAGCAGAUCAAGGACAUAUCGAGGAAGUGAAAUUACUGUUCCAAGCUGGCGCUGACGUGAAUGCCCAUUCUGGUGAUUACGGCAGUGCCCUACAAGCUGCUGCAUAUCAAGGAUACACUGAUAUAGUGAGAUUCCUGCUUAAUGCUGGCGCAGAUCCUAACUGUGAGCGUGGUGGUAUAUAUGGAAAUCCUUUCCAAGCCGCUGCAGCUUAUGGAAAUAUUGAGAUAUUUAAACUACUGCUCAACGCCGGCGCGGAUGUCAAUUCUCAGGGUGGUAGACAUGGGACUGCCCUACAAGCUGCUGCACUUUAUGGAAAUACUACUGAGAAAGUGAGAUUACUGCUCAGCGCCGGCGCGGAAGUGAACUUUCAGGGUGGUGCAUUUGGGAAUGCUCUCCAGGCCGCCGCAUUUCAAAGAAAAACCGAGAUAAUACAGCUACUACUCGAUUCUGGUGCCAGCAUCAAUGCGGAAGGAGGAAAAUAUGGCAAUGCCCUUCAAGCCGCCGUAUUUAUAGGAGAUGUGGAGUUGGUACAGAUGCUAGUCGAUUCAGGUGCCGACAUCAAUGCUCAAGGAGGGGAAUAUGGCAGUGCCCUUCAGGCCGCUACAGAGAAUGGACACACGGAGAUUGUACAGAUGCUACAGAGCUUAUCCUGA